GUAAAAAGGGCCCAACUUUUCUCCACUCGACCAACAAAAUCAGCGCGCGACACGGGGUCCGCUGCCACAGCCCCGUAAAUAUCUUAGCAGCGCCAACAAAAUAGACGGCUGGCCCGCGUUAACAGAAAAAAGGAGCCGCCAAAGGAAGACCAGCAAAAAACAGCCCAACCGACAGGAGCGCAAAGAAAGGGCAGUGUGACCAGCAAGUGCCCCGUAAGAAUUCUUCCAAGCGACGUAGACAUCUCGCGUGAAACGAUGUGCACGUUCGGCUAAGCUCGUGCCGUCGCUGUGGUCAUAUGGUGCGGGCCCGCCCGCGUGCGUUUGUUGUGGUGUCCCGUUACCGUGCUGCCCGACAAGCCCACACCUUCCUUCUCCUUCCUUUCCAUACCAUCACAGCCGCACAGUGACUAGCGCCGCGAAGCACCGCACCCCGGACGCACCCAAGAUGGAUGAUCUGCUACAGGCCGGCCACGUGGUCAAGGAAAGAUGGAAGGUGCUGAAAAAGAUAGGCGGUGGCGGGUUUGGCGAAAUCUACGAGGGCCAAGAUUUGAUCACCCGGGAGCAGGUCGCACUGAAGGUCGAAUCCGCCCGGCAACCGAAACAGGUACUCAAGAUGGAGGUGGCCGUGCUAAAGAAGCUGCAAGGCAAGGAACACAUCUGUCGGUUCAUCGGCUGCGGGCGCAACGAUCGAUUCAAUUACGUGGUGAUGCAGCUGCAGGGUAAAAAUUUGGCCGAGCUGCGGCGUUCGCAGGCACGCGGUGCCUUCUCACUCAGCACAACGCUGCGCAUUGGCCUCCAAAUACUGAAAUCGAUCGAAUCCAUCCAUUCGGUCGGCUUCCUUCAUCGUGAUAUCAAACCAAGUAACUUUGCCAUAGGAAGACUACCGCUCACUAGUCGUAGAAUCUACAUGCUGGACUUCGGCUUAGCUAGGCAGUACACUACCGGUACGGGUGAGGUGCGAUGUCCCCGAGCUGCGGCAGGAUUCCGCGGAACCGUAAGGUACGCUUCGUUAAACGCGCACAAAAAUCGUGAAAUGGGCCGCCAGGACGAUCUGUGGUCGUUGUUCUAUAUGCUUGUUGAGUUUGUUACCGGCCAGCUUCCAUGGCGUAAAAUUAAGGAUAAAGAGCAAGUUGGAAUGUUGAAAGAGAAAUAUGAUCAUCGUUUGCUACUCAAGCACUUGCCUUCGGAUUUCAAAUACUUCUUAGAGCAUAUUCAAUCCCUUAACUAUGCCGAUAAGCCGGAUUAUGCAAUGCUGAUCUCUCUGUUCGAACGAUGCAUGAAGCGUCGUGGCGUGAAGGAAACGGACACGUUCGACUGGGAAAACAACGCCGACUACAAUGCUGGCGAAGCCAAAGCUAUCAACGCAGCUGUACCAAAGAGUGAACUAAUCAAAAAACAUAAGGAUAUCGAAAUGACCGAGGAGAAACGCAAACCAAUCAUGGAUUCGGCGAAAGUGCUCCACACGGAACCGAUCGAAUCGAUGAAACCGCAGAACGCGGUUAAUGCGGGCGGUGGUGCUGCAGCGGCAGCCGCCAAGGCCGCCCUUAACCAUGCGGACCAGCACGAACCGAACGAGGCUAAGAUACAGCAGGAAACCAAAACGGACGCUGGGCUUCCGGCGAUUGAGAUGGUGGUCGUGAAGGGUCUAAUAAGUUUUCCUAUUCACCAGAACGAGAUACCCUUGGUGCGGGCACACACGGAGGUUAUGACAAAGCCGGCAAAGCAUGGUAGCAACCGGUUGCGAAUACUGACCGCGCCACCGGUCAACAUCAAGGACUUCACCGCCACGCUUGAUAAGCAGCAGCAGCAGCAGCAGCAAUCGCAGCAGCAAUCGCACCAUCAGCAAUCCCAUCAUCAGUCGCAGCAGUCGCACCAUCACCAUCACCAUCCGCUGCACGCGUCCAGCGACGCGAACAAUCUGUCGAUGGAGCUGAAGUCGAAGCUGCUGAAGACGGAGGCGGACGAUCUGUCGUACGCGCCGGCGGACGGCAUACUGCGCGAUCUCGCCCAACACUGCCAGUCCGGUACGGGCGGGUCGCAGAAGCAUCACGAUCCGCUGCACGGCCAGCAGUCGAACGCACUGCAACGGCAAAGUCUGACGCUCGGCAAAAGCCUCCGGUCGUACGGCAGCUCGACGACCGCGACCAGCAACAAGUACGGUGAGCGGAACGAUGACAAGAGCUGCCGGGACUACUCGAUCACGCAGCACGCGAUCAUCGACGACGAUAACGCCAGCCAGCACCAGACGCCCAAGUACCAGGGUGCGCUCACGUUGGCCUCGCAGUGGAAGAGCCAGUUCGACGAUUCGGACGACUCGACCGACGGUCUCUGGAAGGGUGAACAACAUUCCGAAAAUGCAUCGAAGAAAAACUACACUAACCUCAACAAGAGCAGCAUCGCCGCGACGACCGCCCAGCAGCAGAAGGAGCAGCAGUCGGCGCUACCGCCCCAGCCGCCGCCGCCGCCGCCGCCACCGUCCCAGCCGCCCCAAACGAACGGACAGCUAAUUAUGCCAGCCGGGGGCGGGGGUGGUGGGGACGGGCCGCUAAACACCGCUACCAUCCCCACCACCACAACCACCAUCACCCGGAACGGGCACGGCGAGCCGGAGAACAAUGGGGGACCGGGCCAGCCGCCCAAGCCACCCCCACCACCAACCGAGUGUGACGAGGGUGCCCCGGCGGUGCCGCCGGGUGGUGAGUGUGGUGGGGCGGUGGUGGACGCGAUCAGCCUUCUACCGUGCGUCGGUGGCCUCGCGGGUGUGCUACUGGACCACCAGGACCACCAGCGGGCGGUGGCCGAAAAGGUGGACGACGGCGCCCCGGUACCGGAAGCGCCGGAACAACAACCAGCGGAACCGGACGAACCACAGGAAGUGGAGGAAGAAGAAGGCGUGGAAGUGGACGGCGACGAGGAAGUGGAACGCGAAGAGGAGGAAGAAAAAGAGGACGAGGAGGACGAGGAGGAGGGAAAGGGGGGGAAGUAUGGGGCGGGAAGCGGUGCAAACGGUGCGCCGAUGAUCGUCAGCGUCGGCAGCCUCGUGGGUGGCUUCGAGGCGGUGGCGGCGGCCGCGGCUGCAGCAGCCGUUACCGCCACACCCGUUACCGCCGGCGGGAACGCGGAACUAUCCAGUAAUCUUAAAUCUUAAAAAUUCUCUCUCACAAGACUCACACACUCACACACACACACAAACACUAAACGAAAACCAAUCUCAUUUUGACAGGACGGGGAUCCUUCCUCAGCUAGCGUUUAUGGUUUUUCCUUUUGUGAUUUUUCUUUUGCCAAGGCAGCUGCGAAAAAAACAAGCAUGAGCUUAAGGCUAUAUAAAGACCGAGACAAAGAGAGAGAGAGAGAGAGUAAGGAAGAGAGUGAGAGAGAGAGAGAGAGAGAAUGAGUGAGAUAAAGAAAGGAGAGUUAGUGCAAUCGUGAUGUUAGUAGGAUAUAGAAGAAGACCUAGAAUGAAGAAGUGUAAGAGUGAAAGUGAAGGUACGGUAUGAGACAUAGUCAAGGUUCAAUGGUUCACAGCUUGAUGAGUGAAUAGGACACUUAGUGGUAAGUGGCACCGGGCCCUAUAAUGGUCAGGUGUUGCAAAAUAUAUGGAUUUACUGCUAACCGAAAGCCAGUAACUCUUCUAGUCCUUUGCCACGGGUUCUAUCGCAUUUUUUGGGGCUGUGUCGACUGUUGUGCAUGUAUGAUGAGUGCAAUAUGUAAGAAGGAUCACACACACACACAAACACACGCGCGCGGAAAUGUGGAUAAGGGUAUAGCGCUACUACACUACUGCUGAGAAUGAUCUCCCCCUUCUCCCCCCGCCUCCUUCAUCCCCUUCAAUCAUAUUCCCCUUCCGCGCCGCUUCCAUUUAGGGCCUAGUGAUGUGUACGGUUGUUGGAUUAUUAUUGGUCGCCUAUACCAAUUAUCCUGUUUAUCCGAUCAUGACGAAGACUUCGACCAAGGAUAUUAAACCUCCACUAUUGAAAACAAAAUCGAUCUCGCGGGACGAAGCAAACGCCCCUCCCCAAAACAUAAAAACCCUCACACACACACACACACAAAGCGAUAAAUGAAGGCGUCUGUGUGGUUAAAUCUUAAAUAGAGUGAAUAUAGGGUGGGCCGGAUACCACAAACAAACAAAACCACCUAUAAAGAGAAGGUGAGGAAGCGGUACCCAUGGGAGAUGGGAGAUG